UGCCGUUCGGUCUUUUCCUCGGUGGGAAAUUCGGUUUUCCGUCCGUUGUUUGUUGCUGUUCAUCCAUCGGUCGACGCGGAGUGCGAAUACGGAAUACGGAAAGCGAGUACGAAGCGGAUUCGAAAGAAAAACAGCAAGCGCGAAGAGGAAGCAAGAAACGCGGCGUCAAAUUGAUUUUUAUCGUGCGAGGGACGGACGGGGAAAAAGUGAAAAGAGUUCAAAAAUUACAUAAAGAAGGAGACAAAGAGAAGUUCGAGCCCCCAGCUAAUUGCAGGUGCAAGAGGUCACGUGGAGGACUUGUUCCAGCAUGCAUGUCGUAUACGUGAUGUAAGAGAGAAGAAAGAAAAAAGUGAUAGAACAUUGAAACAGUAGAACGGAGGAGCGAGAGGGUGCAGCAGGGUAGGCAAGGUGAAUCUCUUCCAGAGCACAAUGUCAUCGAUCUCGGCCCAGGGCGUGGUCGAGCGCGCCUCUGCCGAACUAUCGAAACGCAUCAACGGUCUGGGACUCCGAUCGAAGCACCACCACAGCAGCGGCAGUGGCAGUGCCAGUGGCGACGGCGCCUCCUCCAAUUCCACGUCCAGCGCGACCGCGUCCAGUGGCAAGACCUCGGUGAUGGAGCGCGUCACAAACGCCCUCUGUGGCGGUGGCAAUUCCAAUGCCAAUGCCAACGCCAACUCCACUUCCAAUAGCGCCAGCAACAGCUCCGCUGCGGCAGCAGCAGCCGCCACUGCCGCGAGUAAUGCCAAUGCCCCGCCCACACCCGACAAGCCAUCGCGGGGCAGCCAGAGUCCCGGAACCGUCUCUCCACAGCAGCCGCCACCGCCGCUGGUGCCACCGUCGGCCAGUAUCGUCCCGGCAACACUCAACCCAUCCUCGACCACGGCGCUACUCAUGCAACAGCAGCAGCAGCAGCAACACCAUCAGCUGCAGGCCCAGAUGGCCGGCUCCACGCUGAUCAACUCGAAUCACCACUUGGCCAUGUCCCCCGGGGGACCGGGUCCGGCGCCACCAUCGGGAUUGCCGCUCGGAGCCCCACCAGCACCGACGGUCAAGUCGAUUGCCAAGCAAAUGAACAUCACGAUUCCGGGCGUCGGUGUCGGUGUCGGCGCUGGCGCGGGCUCCGGCUCGCCCACAUUCAGCACCAUGGGCAUGGUGGCGGCCCAGAAGGCGGCCGCCGGUGGAGGGACCCCGCUGCAGAUGCGCAAGCAGCUGCCCAAUCCCCACCUGCACCAUCCGUACGGCAACGUGGUCGUACCGGGUGUCGUCCCGGGCUCGGGCUCGGGUCCGGUGCAGGCCUCCCAGUUGGCCGCCGUCGCCGCCACCCAGUCCACGCUGAUCCUCCACAAGCACCCGCACCCGCCUCUCAUCCACAGCAUCGAUGCGCUGCUGCUCGACGACCGCUUCCUGAAUCGCUUUUUCCAGUACUUUUCGCCGUACGAGCGGCGCGUGCUCGCCCAGGUGUGCAUCAAGUGGCGGGACAUACUGUACCGCAGCCCCCGCUACUGGUCCGGCCUGCUGCCCACGCUGCAGUGCCGCGAGCUGCGACAGAUGCCCGGCUGCGAUCGCGGCAAACUCUACAACUCGCUCAUCCGUCGCGGCUUCCAUGCGCUCGGCUUGGUGGGCGCCUCCGACGAGGAUGCCCUGGACGUGGUGCACUCGUUCCCGCUCGCCUCCAAGCAUGUCCACUCGCUCAGCCUGCGCUGCUCCUCGAUCAGCGAUCGCGGCCUGGAAACGCUGCUCGAUCACCUACAGAGUUUGUUCGAACUGGAGCUGGCUGGAUGCAAUGAAGUCACCGAGGCUGGACUGUGGGCGUGCCUGACGCCCCGUAUCGUGUCCCUGUCGCUGGCGGAUUGCAUCAACAUCGCGGACGAGGCUGUGGGGGCGGUGGCACAGCUGCUGCCCUCCCUGUACGAGUUCUCACUGCAGGCCUACCACGUCACGGAUGCGGCCCUUGGAUACUUCUCGCCCAAACAAAGUCACAGUCUGAGCAUACUACGCCUGCAGUCGUGCUGGGAGCUGACCAACCAUGGCAUUGUUAAUAUCGUGCACUCGCUGCCGCAUCUGACGGUGCUGAGCCUCUCCGGCUGCAGCAAGCUGACAGACGAUGGUGUCGAGCUGAUUGCCGAGAAUCUGCAGAAGCUGCGCGCCCUUGACCUGUCCUGGUGUCCCCGCAUUACGGACGCCUCGCUCGAGUAUAUCGCCUGUGAUCUGAAUCAGCUGGAGGAGCUGACGCUGGACAGAUGCGUGCACAUCACGGAUAUUGGCGUCGGAUAUGUGUCCACGAUGCUCUCGCUCACCGCACUCUUCCUGCGCUGGUGCUCCCAGGUGCGGGACUUUGGGCUGCAGCAUCUCUGCUCGAUGCGCAACCUCCAGGUGCUGUCGCUGGCCGGAUGUCCGCUGCUGACCUCGUCGGGGCUGUCCAGCCUCAUCCAGCUGCGUCAUCUGCAGGAGCUGGAGCUGACAAACUGUCCGGGGGCAUCGCACGAGCUAUUUGAUUACUUGAAGGAGCACUUGCCGCGCUGCUUGAUAAUCGAAUAAUCGAUUGAGAAACACUCUGAACACUCAACACUGAACUUUACUUUACUUUCCCUCUGCCCCAGCUCUGGAAACUGAUUUUAGUUACGAACUAUUUAUGAGUAUGCUAAUUUGUACAUUUAUCUUUAGUCGGCAAGUUCCUACAACUACAACUUUCCGUCUUGCCCCUUACCCUUACCCGUGUCCCCACUUACUCGCGUUUAGUUUUAGAAUUUUGUUUGUAUGAUUUCUGCUGUGAUUUGGAAUGGAAACUAAGUUAAGUUGAUCUGUUUAAGACGAAGUACCACAAAAGACCCAAAGAUGAUAUUUAUUUACAUGCAAUAUAAAUAUAAUAUGUCGAAUAUACAAAUACAAAAAUAAAAAAGAUAUAUUUAUAAAUAUACAUACUUAAACAUACAUACAUAAAUUAUUUAUAUUAUGGUAGUUUUAACGGACCUUUUAUCUAUUAUUCUCGCUGCAACUAAACAAACAGAUACGGAUGCAGAUGCAGUUACAGAUACAGUCAUAGUCUACUUGUAAAUUACAAAAAACACAAAUGUCUGUCGUGUCUGUCAAGCAACCAAACAAAUCGAAACGAAACGAAACAUUGCGCCCAAAAUAAAACCAAAAUGCUAAAAGAAUCAAAAUAUGCAAUUAAUCCACACUAGUUCAAAGAAACCAAACUAAGUAAAUUUCAUUAGAAAUGAUAUGAAAAUAUUUACCAGUAUAGAAGAUGCAGAUGAAGAUGCAGAGGCAGAGGCAUGGGCAUGACUUGCAAGAAGUUGCUGGACAGCUUUUUAGAUGGAAUCAAAGUCCAAACACUCCCCUCCCCCUCCACCACCCUCACAAAACCGAAGCCCGACCAGGGAUAACACCCCUUCCCCACAAAAUUUGAUUGUAAUUCUGUAAUUAACAUACAUAUGACGGCUAAAAGUAUUUUAAGCAGAGAACCCUACAUACAUAAAUGCAGUGUGCACGCUACAAAUAAAAUGGAAUCCCCAACACCCACACACACCGCACACAUACAUGUACAUGUGUAUGUGGAACAGCAUACAAUGUACUAGUAGUAGUAUCAUCUAGCCUACAUUUUAGAGCCCUCCUUGUCUGUUGUUUUUACCAAGUGACACACACGCCUCUACUGUAAAUGCUAUAUAUAUAUUUUUUUUAAUUAUUAAAUUGUGAGCUCGUUUCAUCAUGAACACUGAACAAAUGCGGAUUGCAACUGGCAAUCUAAAACCAAUAGCAAAAACCAUCUACAAGUACAUGAUAACAUAAAUAAAUGCAAAACUGAAUUUAAA